ACAGCGCAUAUGCUUCAGAGCUCCAGUAUCUAUUUUUAUCUUUAACGACAGAAAAGAUCAUGGAGGCUACUUUGAUGAGCGGACCAAGCUCAUCAAAAUGGAACAUGCUUCAGUAUGCCAUGGUUUCCUGCUACUCCAUAGGAUUACACGCCAGCAUCUCACUUCCAUUUUAUAUUGUGAAAUAUUCAGUGACAUUCCUGCUGGCUCAUUACAUUAUGUUGUUGUCAUUCUGUGUGCCAGUAUGUUAUGUUCAGAUGAAGCUUGGUGCUAUCUACCGACAGAACAUCUUUGGAAUCUUCAGCCUAUUAGUGCCUAUCCUUAAAGGUUGUGCCAUUGCGAUACUGAUUUUUUCCUACAUCAGGUGCCUGACUGGAAGCUUAGAACUCAGUUAUUGUCUAUACUACGCCUUCGCAUCAUUUGUAUUUCCCUAUGAUGAUUCCACGCAUCCAAAUCACUGGGAGAGGUCUGGACACCAGAUGCCCAUAGUAUUUUUCAAGCAGAAAUUUCUGCAGAUAUCUGAUGGUCUCUCAGAGGGAGGACAUUUGGUGUGGUAUAUAGCACUGGCUCUACUGAUCACGUGGUUUAUAGUAUACCUGUUAACCAUAAAGGAACCAUCUUUCAUUGCAAAGCUAGCCUGUGUCGUAGUGCCUACAGCACUUUCUCUCUUACUGGUGACCCUCAUCUAUGGCUGGGUGGUUCCUCUCCCUGGUGCCCCCUCAGAGAAAUUCAGUAGACUGGAAAUCAUUAAUGGAACCUUGACAUACCACGAAAGAGACCUCAACGAAGAGGAAAUAGAAAAGGAACUUCCUGUCUGGAACAUUUCUCUCAGCAAACUCUACUCACCUCAGCCAUGGAUGAAUUCGCUGCUUCUUCAUAUCUAUUCACUGGGACUUUGGUCUGGAGUCAUACCAACCUUAGGGGCUCAUCUCUACAACAAACAAGACACAAUUGUUCGUGCCAACGUGGUUUUAUUGGUUGUGUAUGGUCUGUUUCCUGUGGUAUUUGGUAUAGCAUCUAUUCCUUACAUUUCAACCAAUUCAGGUUAUGGCAUGUUUGAGUAUGGAGAGAGACUAAAGCCAGGUCUUGAUCUCCUCCUUCUUGGAAUGUUUGGUAAAAUUCGCCACGUACCUGGAAUUGCUCUGUGUUUGUAUCUUGGAAUCUAUCUGUUUGGAAUACUUCAUAUGACGUUACAUCUGCUGGUUGUGUGGGAUGCUCUUUUGACGUCAUUUCCUGCGUUUCUCCUGCAAUUCUUCAGGAAGAGGUCCAUUUUAGUGGCAAUAUUAUGUUUUCUCUCCUUUGUGUUCUGUAUUCCGUACUGUUUUCAGGGCGGUGUGUACCUCUACAUGUUGGUCAGUAGUUAUCUGGAUCGUCUUAUCUUCACCGUGAUCAUUGUCAGUAUCGUCCCUACAGUCAUCGGAUACAUUAAGCAGAAUCUGGUGUAUUUACUGUUGGAGCGAGCGCUGAUGAGUCUUUGGCAUGGAUUGUCCUCCCUGGUAAUAGCGGCUAUGUUAAUUUACUAUUUUGCUGUUUACGUGUACCCCUACCCAGCCACCACUAGUGACCCACGCGCGAACAAUAAGGCAGACGAAGGUGGACAGUGUUUGGGAUGGUUCAUAGCUAUUGGACCAAUCGUUUUAGGUUUCAUUGUUGGUGCUUUUCAUGCUGUCUACACCGAAAAAGGCUCAUUCAAAGAAAGGUGCAUACGAGCAUUGAAAUCGGAGAGUUUACAGACAGCAGACAGCAGUUGCGAUUACGACAUGUAUGGGAAAACACCGCACACGUCAACUACAAAAUCUAACAGUGACGUCACUCUGUCUAAAAUAGACACGGAAGUUGUGGUAAAUACCCCUGGUCUGACUUCUGAGUUGGCCAAAGUAUGAUUUUUUCGGCUUUGAUAUCAAUGUUACAUAAUCAGAGAAUAUAUACUUGUUAUCAGCUUUUAUUUUUUCCCUGUACAAAUCGUUUAUCUCAUCAAGCUUUAUCAUCAAAAUAAUGAAACAUUGGCUUAAUUUACGCCAUAUAUGUCAAUUAUGCGAUCGAACUUUCAGAUUUGUCUUUUUAAUUUUGUGAAUUUAUUUCAAUUUUCAAAACACUAACUGUUUUUCUUUGCUAAAACUACACCCCU